AUGACUGCGCCUUCCAUCAGAUACACCCACCACACUAAACUCGUCUCGCCGAAGGAGCAACACCAUCUUUACCGAGGAAUGAAGUAUCCCAGAGUUGUUAGAAUAAGCGUGACAGACGGCGAUGCCACGGAUUCAUCCAGCGAUGAAGAAGGAGGGGCUGUCACGCUCCACCGCGGUAGGAGGUUCGUCAACGAGAUUACCAUCACUCAAAACGAUGUCGUUGCUAAGCCUGAGAGCAAGCGUCGCAAGAGUAAUAGGAGUGGUAGAGUAAUGGGAAGUCGGCGGGCGAUGAAAGCGUCGGCGGAGAAGAAGUUCAGGGGAGUGAGGCAGAGGCCGUGGGGGAAAUGGGCGGCGGAGAUCAGAGAUCCUCUGCGACGUGUACGGUUGUGGUUGGGAACGUACGAGACUGCAGAGGAAGCUGCGAUGGUGUACGAUAAAGCCGCCAUUAAGCUGAGAGGAGCAGAGGCACUGACUAAUUUCAUAACGCCACCGGGGAAGGAGUGCGAGGAGGAGAAGUUGAGCUCCCCGAAAUCUGUUCUUCAGUCUCAGAGUGGAAGUUUGUCAGAGGAGGUUGAAUCUGUAACAACCAAAGAUGAUACGAUCAGUGAAUGUCGGGAUGAAUCACCGUCGUCGUCAUCGUCGGGGUUAUCGGAGAAUUUCUCAGGGUUGCCGGCGGACAUAUUCGACUUCGAAACAUCGUUGCCGGACAUAUUUGACGACACUAAUAUUACAGAAAGCAUCUACUCCGAUGCGUGGGCCAGUCCCAUCGAAAACCUCAACUUGGGUUUCGAUUUCGAUUCGGGUUUCGGAUUCUCAAGUUGGCACAGAGAUGACCAUUUCCAAGAUAUCGGCGAUUUGUUUGUGACAGAUCCGCUUGUUGCUCUCUGAGUAGUGGUAGUAGUGAGUAGUGAGUAAUAUAAUAGGAUAGGAUUCUGGUACUGGUUUGAUGUUGCCGAGAAUCGGCAAUUUUUGUAUGGGUUUGGGUUUGCCGUGUUUUGGUUUUGUUUAU